GGAGAGAGGUGGUAAUUAUCAUGCACGGUUUGCUAUUGUAUUUGCAAGAGGAAGAAAAUCUCAAUGCCCGAAUGGUUUCACAGUGAUUAUUUACAGGCCCUGGGGAUGCUCCUCGCUUGGCCCUGCCUCUUUUGAGUCCCAGAAGAGAGAGCGCGGAUUCCACGGGCCAUGAGUUCUCUUUGGCUGCGAGCGUCGCUGUCGCUGCUGCUGCUGCUGCUGCUGCUGCUGGGCGGCUGUUUCCUUGCCGUCGCCCGGAGGGAUAAGGGGACAGCUGGCAGCGCAGUGGUGCGGGUGCCCCCAGGUCCGACGGACGGCUCCUCGGGUCACUUCAUCAGCCCAGAGCAGCACGCGUGCAGCUGGCAGCUCCUGCUGCCCACCCCAGGGGCCGCAGAGGGCAGCGAACUUGCGCUGAGCUGCCAGGGUCCAGACGGGGCGCGCCACCGGUGCGCCUACCGCGGGGAGCCGGAGCGCUGCGCCGCCUACGCUGCUCGCCGCUCGCACUACUGGAAACAGGUGCUGGGCCGGCUGCGCAAGAAGCGGCGGCCCUGCCACGACCCCUUGCCGCUCCAGGCCCGCUUGUGCGCGGGCAAGAAGGGCCACGGCGCAGAGCUACACCUAGUGUCGCGAGCGUCCCAGCCCGCCCACCCUACCUCCGCGGGCUUCCCCGGGGAGCCCAAGCCCCGGGCCAGGAGCCGGGGACAGUCCCGGGAACACGCGGCCGGCCUCGUCCCGAGCGUGCGGCCCAAAGAAAAGAAGACCAGAGCGGACAAGAGAAAGGCGGCCUCGGACCCCCACGAGGAGCGACCCAUGGGGACUGGGCCCUACGCGGACGGGCUGGACGAGAACGCGGCGCUCGCGGAGACCUACUGCGCGGAGAAGUGGCACUCCCUCUGCAACUUUUUUGUCAAUUUCUGGAACGGCUGAAGCUGCGGGCCUCGGGAGGGUCGAUGGGGGAAGUUGUGGGUAAGGGGGAAUCGGUGCAGCAGGGGAGGAGAUGCUGAGGGCAUCUUAGAUUAAGGGAUACCCAGUUAGAGAAUGGGGAGGAGUCCAGGUUCUAGAAUGGGGCGGGGUGGGGGGUGUUGGACUGAGAAUGUAAGGAGGUAUGGAGAAUAUCUGGUACACCAGAAAAGUUGAAAUUUGUGUAGAGUCUCAACCCUGAUUAACAGCAGAAGAAAAAAAUGGAAACAGAAAUAGGUGUACCUUAAAGCGCAAAAACUGGAGACUGGGGAGGAAAAUGGCUACAGAGAGAGACUGAGAAAAAGGGGGAAAUAGAGUGACUAAAGUGGCGUGAAUCUCACGUGGGGAGCAGGAUACAAUGUAUGCCGUUUAACACAUUUAUAUUAAAAUGUAACCAUGAGUAAUUGAUAACUUAAGCAAGGUUGAAUUCUUCAAUGUCUUUUCACCUAAUCAGAUUGCAGACUUUUUUCCCUUUCUGAAUUGUCAUGAACUUGGGUACUACGUGUUGUCCAAUGACCUGGGUAAGAGAUGAAGCCUCACAGGUCAAAACUGGCUCCAAGGAAAAGUUUUCAGGAUGGUUGCCUUUCAAUUCUUUCACAAGCGCAACCUUUUCACAGAGCGAUGCCUAAUGUUCUGAAACUUUUCCAUUAACUUUAUAAAUUCAAAAGUGAAUUGUGUAAGUUGAGUGCUCUAGUAGAUUUUUAAAAAACAAUUCUCCGUAUCUAAUCAUAUUUUUACAAAACAGCAAAAUUGUUAUGUAUCUCAGAGUCAUUUAGAUCAUUAUAGAAGUUGUAGCUCUGCUUCAUGUAAUGGUUAACGUAUUUCAUUUUUAAUAUGAUGUAAGAGUAGACUUUGCAUAUGUUGGGUGCUCUA